AUGAGGCUUUUUAUAUGAUGUGUUGUCUUGAAUAGUCACUCUCUCCGUAUCCAGCGAAGGGGCUUGGGAGGGGGGUUGGUGGGGACUUGUUCCCAUGGUGACCACCAGUUACAUAAUAACAGUGGGUACCUACUGUAGCUGAGCCAUUAGAGAAUGAGAGAUAAAGACACAGAGGGAAAUGAUAAACAGAAAUUAUUUCCCUACCAAUUUAGAUUUGGAAAACACUGUAACGAAAUGGGAUUUGAAUGCUAUUUAGAGGGUGGAGCUUGAAUCAGAAUGUGAAUAUUGCGUCAUAAAACCCAACACACAUAGUUUUAAAAUAUUCCAUUUCGUGUAUGGGGUUGCUGGCAUUUUCUAUAUGCCAGGCACUGCAGUAUGUCCAUGAACUUGCUGCUUUUAAUUUGCCACCUUUUCCUUCCCUGCCCUGCUGGGUGCUGCAAAUUCAACCUGACUCCCUUUAUUUCUCUCUUGUAUCAAGUAAAUAAAAAUAUAUAGGGGGUAAAUUAAAUUUAGCAAGGUCAAUUAAAACAUAGUGACUGGAUUAUAAGGUGAGUAAACCCUAUUAAGCCUUGGUCUCUUCUAUAUCACAUGUUGGCAUUUAAAACAAAUAGUAUCUGAUUGGUCUGCAUGCCCUGAGGGCGCCGUGUUCCCAUGUUGGAUGCCACGGAAUAUAUUUGUUGUUGGCUGAGCACUGCAAUUCUGGAGAGCUGAUAAAGACAAUUGUAGCUGAAACAACUUUUUUUUUUUUUUUUUUAAAGCUUUGUCAGUAGUUUCCAAGAGUCAUUAUGUGUCCAUUUUAUCUAGGCCUGCCUUUAUUGAAGAGGUGAUAGUAGCAAGGCCAUAUAGGAGUCAUGUAGACCAUUGGCUCCCAAAAGAAAAAAAUCCUGAUAAUUAUUAUUGGUUCCUUUCAUGUCAAAUAACUGUACCCCCACAGUCCUGUCAAAGAUAAGUAGGCUACCCCUUCAACAACAACAGCAGUCAUUUUCCAAAUGUCUCUAUUUGAAUUGAUUUUAAACUGGGUAUUAUGUAACUAUUAAUAAUAUAAUAUGUGGAUAUAAUAAUAGGUGUUAAAAUACUUUUCAAACAAACAGACUAAUGUUUAGGUCAGUUAAUACAUUUGUGUUACUAGCACGGACGUUUCAACCAUAGGUCCAUUACUUGUAUCUCAUCAUUUCAUCCAUUACUUUUAGCUGUUCUAACCAUUAUGUUUACCCAACUAUUCCAACUGUUUAACCAUUACUUUUUACCUAACCAUUACAACAGUUUAUCAAUUACUUUUAACUAACUGUUAAGUGUUUAUCCAUUACACUUAGCGAUUGGCUAUUAACCAUUUAUGUAUACUUUAAGAUAUCUGCAACUGUUUAUACUUUUAGCUAGUUUCAACUGUUUAUCCAUUUAAAUACUCUGCUCACUAAGUUGUUCACACACUAGUCACAAGAUUGAUCUGCUGUUAUAGGUGACUUAAUAUGUGGAUAUAUAUUUUCAAUCAAAUUGUAAAUUCUGUUUUAUUUUAUCAAAUUAGUUAUGCUACUCCACAAUCUUUCCACAUACCCCCUAGCAAUUGCAGAAGUAGCCUACCCCUGGUUGGGAAUCACUGAUAUAGAUCAUCCUGCUACUGUAAUCAUACUGGCAGAGAGAUAGAUAGAUGGAGGGCAAAGCGAGCAGUAGUGGCAGCACUCUAAAUUUAGUCACCCCUCCGCUUGUGAACUAAAUACCAAUGACAACAGACAAACUGACACCCACCCCACCCACUCAUUCAGUCACUCAGUCAGCCGGGUCAGGCAGCAGCCCCCUCCGCCUGCACCCUUCCCCACGACAAGCUCCAGUCCUGAGGAGCGCGAGCACCCACACAGGUUGCACUACCCAGUCUGACCCUCUCGCCUCUCACCUUUCUGACUUCCUACCCAGAGGAGACAGGCACAACUUGAGACUCCCCUGAGGGUCCUUCAGGACAGACUCACGUGUUUGCUGUGACAGCACUAUGUUCUCGAUCUGUGUCCUUUCAGCCCACUUGGGGGGCAGCCAUGUCACAGUUCUCCACCAUGACGACCAGGGAGAGGAAAAUGCAGGCGGCAGCAAUCUGCAGGGAGGUUCAAGCCGAGGAAGAUGAAGACAUGGAUCUGGGGAAGAAAAUGUGCGUGCCUAAGGACAUUAUGCUGGAGGAGCUAUCUCUUGCCUCCAACCGGGGCUCCCGUCUCUUCAAAAUGCGCCAGAAGCGCUCAGAAAAAUACACUUUUGAGAACAUCCAGAAUGAAAACAACAAGCAGUUGAAUAACACAGUGGUUUCUCAAGCUGAGAAUGAGCAUGCUGUGGACAGCCACAGUGGUGAGGACAACUUGGGUGUUGAUCAGGCCUGCAUACCAGAAACAACAACGGAGCCAAAUCCAGACAGUAUCGCCCCGGGGUAUGGAGGUCCUUUAAAAGACAUCCCUCCAGAGAAGUUCAAUGCUACAGCUAUACCAAAGUCCUACCACUCACCCUGGGAACAGGCUAUCAUCAAUGACCCGACCUUGGCUGACACUCUCAUCACUCAAAUGCCUGAGCCGGAGCCCCAACCAGACCUACCAGGGUACAGAAGUUUUAACAGGGUGGCAACCCCGUUCGGUGGCUUCAGCAAGACACCCAGACCUGAUCCCAUCAAGACCCUGCAGGUGGAGCCCCUCCCUGAGUACCCCGAACUCCAGGGGGACAUAGUGGUAAACCGACCCUCCUUCAACAGAUCUGCUCUGGGGUGGGUGUCGGCAGGCGGUUCAGUCACCCUCCCUACAAUUUCCCUUGAGCCUCUGCUCAUCCCUGAGUCAGAAGACCUUUGAACCCAUAAUGAAGUCACACAGAGAUGCUGUCUACUUAGUUGCUGCACCCGAGGUUAUUGUGGACAGGGUAGCGUUUCGGUCAGAACAGAGUCAGGGUGAGAAAAAGCAUCCCGUUGGGCUGUGCUGGUUCGAGUUACCAUGUAUGCAGUAUCCCUUAGUUUUCCAGGGAUGUUAAAUAUUUCUCUGCACUCAGAAAUAAAUUAAUCAUCUUGAACAGUAGGCAGAGACUACUGGAAUAAAUGGAAUUUGUAUAUUAAUGUGCAUAAGAAUAUUUUAUCUUGCAGACAUACAUUUUUGCUCAAUAAAAUGGUGUGGAAUGCAACAAG